AUGGCAACGGUGGCAAAGUUGCUGACUAAGAAUCAAGCCGACGACGGCGUCAAAUAUCUGUUGAGUUAUUUAGUCACUUGGGGUCAAUACGUUUCUGCGAUUAGCUCAAUGUUUGAGGUGGAUACUGGGAAAACUCUCCAAGCCAACGGAUUGUCUGAACAAAAUUUUAAUAUUUAUCCCUUUACGACUCUCUUUGUUCCUCUUCAGAACUCCCCAUCCAGUUCCCAAACUGUGGAGCUGCCUCCGCCACCGUCGCAGCAGUCACCGCCAACUUCAAUUGCCCCUCCUCCAACACAGAAUUUUAGUCCUAGUAGUUUGAUUGGUGGAUCGGUUUACGGUGGUACAAUCAAAGGGGAUUAUGCUGCAAUUAAGAAAAUGAACGGAGAUGUGUCUAAGGAAAUUAAUCUACUGAACAAGAUCAACCAUUUGAAUCUUUUCCGACUUUCCGGGGUUUGUUUCAGCGAUGGGUAUUGGUAUCUUGUUUACGAGUAUGAUGCCAAUGGAGCAUUGAGCGAUUGGCUCUAUGAAAACCACGGCAAACAAAAGAAGAAGUGUCUGGAUUGGAAGCAGAGAUUACAGAUUGGCUUGGAUGUGGCCACGGGGCUUAAUUAUCUUCAUAGCUACAUUUCCCCUCCCCAUGUGCACAAAAAUCUAAAAAACAGCAAUGUUCUUGUUGAUGCUGAUUUCAGGGCGAAGAUCAGUAAUUUUGGGCUAGCAAGAUCAGCAGAUGGGCAAGGAGGCCAGUUUGCCUUGACUAGGCACAUUAUUAGGACGAAAGGUUACAUGGCUCCCGAGUAUUUGGAGAAUGGUCUGGUAUCCACAAUGCUUGAUGUUUAUUCAUUUGGGGUUCUCCUACUAGACAUUUUCACUGGCAAAGAAGUCACUAUCUUGUAUGAAGCUGUGAAUGUGAACUUGGCAGAGAUUCUGAGCCCUGUGCUUGACGAGAAAGACGGGAUCGAGAACUUGAGCCAGAUUAUGGAUUCUUCUCUCGAAGGAAACUAUCCUUCCGAACUUGCAAUUUUGCUCAUCAGAUUGAUUGCUAGUUGCUUAAAGAAAGAUCCAUCUGCCGGCCCAACCAUGCAUGAGAUUGUCCAGACUCUAUCCACAUCCGUCACUACCACAACAUCUUGA